AGCAGUCAGACCUGUUAUUAGCAGUCCGAGGCAGAUGGAGGGAGGACAAGGACUGCCGGCCGUUUAAAGCAGGAAACGUUUUAUUCCGUACAGUGUGAACGUAGGGGAGGGAUAAAAGGAGAAACGCUUACGGCCGAUUUGGAGGAAUUACACAUAGCACCUAAAAUAUUAAGGCCUUUUUGAUCCCGAAAUCGGAAGGAGGAAAGCCGGUAGGAGCAGAUCUUUCCGGGCAAUCCUUAAAGGAAGCGUGGAAAAGAAUAGGAGAUAAUACUCUUCCUUUAUAUGUCGUCUUUUUAACAAAACAAAGAAGAUCAAAUACUAAAGAGCCGUUUUCAGCCGUUCUUUCAGUUUAUCUAGGGCUGUUCAGCUACGUUUGUAACGAAACACUGCUGUUUGGACAAGAUUUGUAGUUUCCUAUUGCAUUUUAAUACAGCCUUAGGUUUCCGCGCAUUUCCCCUCUCACGUUUCAGAAGAGUAACAGGGAUUUUCUUUUUCCGAAGCACCCACCCCCCCUCCCCACAGACCAGGUGACAUGGACUCCCCAACAGCAUUCGGGCUGCAGAGCCAGUUUGGAGAGAUGGAUAGUGGCUUGCCUUGCCCCCCCCCCAGCACCUUGGACGACGACGUCUUCAGCAGUGACAGCGCUGACAGCUGCGACAGCCUCAACCCGCCCUCUGCCCCCUCCCUCACACCUGCUUCUAUCCUCCGGCAACCCCGGUUGCCUCCCAGCCGGAAGAGCGUUCGCUUCGACGCAGUCACCGUGUACUACUUCUCCAGGCGUCGGGGUGUCACCAGCAUGCCCAGCCAAGGCGGGCGCCAUCUAAGCAUGGCCCCUCGCCACAGCGCCAUCCGCCACUACACAUUGGGCGAGAUCACUUGUGAGCGGGACGACGUCCACCGGCGUCUGCUGCGCCCCCACCUGCGGCAAGGAAAGCUCCGUGCCUGCAGGAAGAAGCUGAUGCGGAACAGUGCUGAGGUCGACCCCUUGACUGCUGAAGUCGUAUCGAGAAAGGACAUGGAUGAGGAGGGUGCAGAAGCAGAUGAGCACUUCCUCCUGCGAGCUGGGUCCAGUGUGUGGUCACGUGAUGACUGCGGCUGCAACCAGACAGGUGUCACAUGCCAGCUGAGCCAGACAGCUUUCCCCUGCUGGAAUUCAUGUGACGGCUAUGCAAGCAGCCCCCCUUUUGCAUACCCCCACUGCCCCCAGUCCUCGAUGAAGAAAACGCAGCUGAGCGUGGGCAUGGGAGGGGGCUGUGAGGAGCUCAGUGUAUCGCCUGCCCACUGUCGUGCAUCUGCUGUUGAAGGAGGACUGCAGUCCCACCUUGUGCCUGUAGGGGGCACAGAGGAAGCGGUCACGGUGGCAGAUCACGAGGUCCAGCGGGACACCCUGGCGCUGGAGAACAAAACAGCAGUUCUGCACCUUCAAAGCGCUGAGGAGCUGGAAAGGAAGAGGGAGCAGGAGGAGGAUGAGAGCAGCGGUGUAAACCAAAGACUAUGCUUGGUAGCCCAGCCCCUCGUGGAUGGGCAGGAGGACCAGGGGGCGGGACCAGUUGACAUCCAGGAGGCUUUUCCAUCCGAUGCCUCUGUACUCUGUUUUACGGAGACUCAGGCAUGUGCCUCAGCCUUCAUGAAUGAGUCCCCCACUAUGGUCUACUACCAAAUGGGCAUUGGGGAGCCAUCCACUUUGGUUGUCUCUGACCUCCAUGUAGAACAGCGUAAUGAGCAGGAGGUGGUGGGCAAGGCUGUUGAUGGAGAUGACCAGGGACAGGCGAGCCUCCGACAGGAUUUUAACGAGAGUCCCAGGCUCCCGCUUUUGGGAGGCAACCUGGGAAGUGAAAACGGCCCCCCUCUCCACCCAGUGUUCUUUCAAGAGUUGGAAAGUUUACCUCCUGAAAAUGUGAUGCAUUCUGAGGUUUAGGGACCUGACAUUUUGCAUUGUUUUGCACAGUAACCCAAUAAAGCUGGUUGCCAACCUUA